AUGAGUCUAGACUUUGUGGAUCAUCUCAUCGUGGAUACGUUACUCCGAUUGGACAAAUCAUUUUUCAAUGAUAACAACGGUGAUUCUGAGUCAUUGCCGCCUCGAAGAAUUGACGAACUGAGUUUAGAGCAAGUUUUUUCAGCGAUUGUAUUGCUGUUAUGGUCGUGUAAUCCGUUACUGAAAUCGACAAUAAUCUCGCAAAAAUUGCCCAAUGGUAUGGCGGCAAGAUAUCGAUAUGCAACGGAUGUUGUUGACGCUAUUAAGAAUGUUGGCGUUCGUGAUGAAAUUGGUUAUCAAAGCUUGUUGUACGAUGCACGCACAGCACUUAUUGAGAGUGCCGUGGAUCUACUGCGUAUCAGCGAGACAGCACCUUCAUUGAUCAACAAAUAUUAUUUUUAUCAACCAUCUCAAAAUGCCUGGCAUCCGUCAUGGGGUGUUCCAAGACGAGCCACAUUUCGCGGUUUUAACGGUGAUGUGCAAACGGCGUGUGAAUUUGUGGAAUCGCGUGCCAGAGGUCGUUCAGUUUUGUGUGCCUCAUUAGAGGCAAACUCACUGAGCGAUAUUGCAAUGAACACCGAUCAUGUUCAUAUGAAGAUGGCAAAUGCUCAUCUCUUUGAAGAAUUACUGAUGAAUGCAUUCACUUUGCCUUCUUCUGAUCGUAUUAUUGAUGGCAAACGACAACAACAUCGAAAACAACAACUUGUUAAACCGCCCGUCCAUGCAAAACCAAAACCGUCCAUACCGCCGAAACCAGCCGAACUCAGUGGUGAAGCGAUGGUUGUACGAAAAGAAAAAGAAGAAAUUAUGGAGAAAAUGAAAGAAUUAUCCGAAAUAAAGAGUCGAUUAAACGUGGUCGCUGAAGAAUGUACCACUUAUCGUGCAGCCAUUGAAAUACGUUCACAACGUCUAGUUGAGAUGAAAAAGAAGCAAGAGGAACACCUGCGACACUUGAUGCAGUUACGUGAGCAAGAUACGAGUUUGGCCUUUGAUCCACGCAUAAAACAGCUGAUUGAUGAGCCCGAAACGAUUAGUAGACUGACGAAAUAUAUCGAAGAAAGUGAGGAUCGUAUGGAGAGUUUACAGAACCGUUGGAUUGCAACGAAGCAGCAGAAAGAUGACCAGCUGAGGCAGGCGCGUUUGGAUUGCGACGACGAUACGUUGGGCGACGAGAUUGAAUUGGUUAGUGAAACGCGACAUAUGAAAAAACUUGCAAGUGCAAUUGAAGCUGAAUUAUCGAUGAAAGAAGAACAUCUCGUGAAACUGAAGCGUGAAGUGGAACGAAUGGAGCAAGAGGAUGAUACGCAACUGAAUCGGAGCGUUUAUACGCGACGAAUCUUCGAAAUUGUGGCCAACAUCCGUAAACAACAAGAACAAAUCAAUGAGGUGCAUAGUGAGAAUCGUCAAAUUCAAAAAGAGAUCAACUCACUGAUCGGCAAAUUAGAUCGUACGUUUACAGUUGUCGAAGAGAAGUUGUAUCGAGACACACAACGAGAUGUGACGAUGCAAAAAGCUUACCGAUUGCUCGUCAAAAUUCACGAGCAGUGUUCCUGGGUGAUCUCGGCAACAGAAGCGUGUGGUCGUCUGAAUCGUGAAAUCGAUGAACUGAAUGAUCAAAUUGCGUUACAACAGCAAAAAAGACUCGACGAAACGCUCGAGAAAUUGUUAAACGACUGGAUGGAAGUGAAAAAUGAGAACGACAAUUUAUUACUUCAAACGACAAAUGACAACUCAAGCUGA